AGCAGAAAUCACCGCGCUUGGCUCCGCAUCCAGCGGGAUUCGCUCCCCCGCCCGGCACCCGCUGCGUAUCCCGGUAAUUAAUGACAGGAAAGCCCAGAGCUCCAAUGUCCUGACUCGCUCUAAGAUGAGGGUAUGGAAGUUCGCAGCCAUCGCAUCGAUGCUCCUCAGCUCCAUGUUGUCCAUCUUAGUUUGUAGAGACAUGUUCAGCGGAAGCCGGGAACACGUCCCCUUGUCUUCCUCACAGGCAUCUUCCUCCUCCUCCUUCUCCUCCUCCUCCUCUUCCUCCUCGCUGCCGGCAGCUCCACGGAGAUCCCCACGGGCCCUGCAACGCCACGGCUCUCUGCUCUCCCAGUACAGCAGCCUGCUGGAGAGCUACACCGAGGGCGAGAUCCGCCAGCUCGUCUCGGCGCUGGUGGAGCGCUACAGCCAGGCCAUGAACUCGGGGGGCCACGAGCUGCCGCUCUUCCCGCGGACCGGCAGCCGCCGCAAGCGCGCCCGCGCCCGCCACAAACCCUGCGAGCUGCGGGAGCUGGAGGUGAGCGUCAGCGAGCUGGGCCUGGGCUAUGAGUCGGACGAGACGGUGCUUUUCCGCUACUGCAGCGGCACCUGCGAGGCCGCCGUGCGCAGCUACGACCUGUCGCUGAAGAGCAUGAGGAGCCGCCGCAGGAUCCGCCGGGAGAAGGUGAGGGCCAGGCCCUGCUGUCGCCCGCUGGCCUACGACGACGACGUGUCCUUCCUGGACGCCUACAACCGCUACUACACCGUCAACGAGCUCUCGGCCAAGGCCUGCGGCUGCGUGUGACGCGCUGGGGAUGUCCCCACACGAGGAGAGAGGGAGGGAAGAGGUGACGCCCCAGCACCUGAACCUCACCAGGCCGACCGGGAUGGAGCCAGGAGUGGCUGGAGGAGGAGGGACUGAGCCGCUGGCGUAUCCCAAGGACUUAGAGACACGGCAGAGGUUGUCAGAGUGGAGACGGCUGCCUGGGGCUGUUGUCCCCCCCUUGGAGGUGGCCCAGGGGUCCUUGUGAGCCCCUCCAGGGGUGGCCCAGGGGUCCCUGUCGCCCCCCUCCCAGAGGUGACAGCGGGUGUGUGGCGUGCACGGGACACGUCCUGCGCUCAGGGUUACGUGUCACCCGUGUCACACCCGCCGGUCGUGUCACCUGCCCGAGGGUGGGGGGGUCACAAGGUGGGUGUCCCCUGCAUGGGGUGGUCCCCAUGUGCCAGGGGUUCCGUGUCGGGUGCGUGGCACACAGUGCUGUGAUGGUGAGCAGGGGUUGGUGUGGGGGUGUUGCUGCACGUGGAGCAGUGCCAGUGGUGUGUGGGGCUGGAUGGGGUGUGCUGCACACACAGCGAGUGUU